GCGUGUGCGGCUGACGUAAGCGAGGAAGAUGGCGGCCAGCGGGAAGCGGCCGGAGCACCGAGGGCCCCCUGAGUUGUUCUAUGAUGAGACUGAAGCCCGGAAAUACACACACAACUCUCGGAUGAUUGAGAUCCAGUCACAGAUGUCUGAACGGGCCGUGGAGCUGUUGGGUCUCCCAGAGGACCGUCCAUGUUUCUUACUGGAUGUGGGCUGUGGCUCUGGUUUGAGCGGGGAUUACAUCUCUGAGGAGGGACAUUACUGGGUUGGCAUGGACAUCAGCCCUGCUAUGCUAGAUGUGGCUAUCGAAAGAGAAGUGGAAGGAGACCUGAUGCUUACUGAUAUGGGCCAGGGGAUUCCCUUCAGGCCUGGGGCAUUUGAUGGCUGCAUCAGUAUUUCAGCUGUGCAGUGGCUCUGCAAUGCUGACAAGAAGACACACCGUCCUCCAAAGCGAUUGUAUCGAUUCUUCUCUACUCUUUAUACUGCUCUGGCCCGAGGAGCCCGAGCUGUUCUGCAACUUUAUCCAGAAAACUCUCAGCAGCUGGAACUCAUCACCACCCAGGCCAUGAAAGCAGGCUUCACGGGCGGCAUGGUGGUGGAUUAUCCCAAUAGCGCCAAAGCCAAGAAGUUCUUUCUCUGUCUCUUUGUUGGUCCAACUGCUGUUUUGCCAAAGGGUCUCGGUACCGAGUGCAGUGAUGAAGAGACAGCACAAGCAAAAUUCAUACGUGAAAGAAUACGGUUUAAGAAUGCCAAAGGGCAGUCUGUGAAGAAAAGCCGGGAUUGGGUGCUGGAGAAGAAAGAACGGCGGCGACGGCAGGGCAAGGAGGUGCGGGCAGACACGAGAUACACGGGCCGAAAGCGGCGGCCUCAUUUCUGAGGACCCAUCUCACCUCUUGGACUGCUUCUGUUCCCUAGAGCAUGGCACCUGUCACCGUGUCCUCUUAUGCAGGAAGAUGCUGGCAGAGGCCCUGUGCCUGAACUUCUACCUGGGGGCAUCCACCUGCUGGAUCUAGCCUCCUUGAACUGGAGCAAGCAAGAGCUGUUCAGAGAGACAGUGUGGUACCCGCUGAUUUUGCCGAGUGUUCACCUUGCCUUGCUGCAGUCCUGUUUUCCUAAGCCCUUCUCCAGCUGGGCUUGGGAAGCUUGGUUCCCCUUACAGUACUACUCGAGCACAUGAAUUGAUCCACAGCAGCAAAGAUUGCUGGUUUGGUCAGUGCACUUUGUGAGGGAGGGUGCUUUCAAAUACUCCUUCCACCAACCAUUGUCCCAAAAUUUUAGAAACAAAAGGGCAUUGGAGAACCAGAUGGGUAAAAAAAAGCCCCUGGGGAACUUAAAUAAAAAUGUUGACUCAC